GUGCCAGGUGGGGAGGAGAAAGCUGUGUUUCUACCCAGAGGAGAGACGAAAGUGGUGCUCAAUGAUAUCAGUCCUGAGAAGAAGUAUGUGUUCAAGGUUUUUACUGUAAACGGCCAGAAGCAGAGUAAAGCACUCCAAGGGAAAUAUCCAGGUAAAGAGAGAGAUCCUGACAGUGAAGGCAUUCAGCCCCAAGGUGGCAGAGAGCCGGAUCCUGUGGAGGAUGUGAAUGAGAUCUUUGGAGCUGAUCAGUUUGUGUGCACCACAACAUCCAUCGCCGACAUCGUCAUCCUCGUGGACGGAUCGUGGAGCAUCGGCAGGCUCAACUUCCGCCUGGUUCGGAACUUUCUGGAGAGUCUGGUGAACGCCUUUGAUGUGGACAUCAACAAGACCAGAAUAGGCUUGGCUCAGUACAGUGGGGACCCUCGCAUCGAGUGGCACCUCAACGCCUUCCCAACCAAAGAGGCCGUCAUGGACGCUGUGAAGAACCUGCCGUAUAAAGGAGGAAACACACUCACAGGUCUGGCCCUGGACUACAUACUGGAGAACAGCUUCAAGCCCGAAUCCGGAGCCCGGAGCGGCGUUCCCAAAAUCGGAAUCCUCAUCACCGAUGGCAAAUCCCAGGAUGACGUCAUUCCUCCUGCGGAUAGCUUGAAGAAAGCAGGAGUUGAACUCUUCGCCAUUGGUGUGAAGAAUGCUGAUGAGAAUGAGUUGCAGUCCAUUGCAUCGCCUCCCAUAGAGACGCAUGUCUACAACGUGGCCGACUUCAACAUCAUGGCCUCCAUCGUGGAGGGCCUCACGCGCGUGGUCUGUGAACGUGUCGAGGAACAGGACAAGGAGAUCAAAAAGGAUGUGGUGACACCGGAGCCGGAGCCGCAGGGUCCCCCCCGUGACCUGGUGACCUCUGAGGUGGCCCCCCGCAGCUUCCGGGUGUCCUGGUCGGCCGCGCCGGGCCACGUGCAGAAGUACCGAGUGGUGUACCACGCCAACAGCGGAGACGCUGGGAACCCAGAGGAGACUGUGGUGGGUGGCGAGGAGAGCUCUGUGCUGCUCUCCAACCUGAACGCCCUAACGGAGUACGCCAUCGCAGUGUUCGCAGUCUACGCCGGCGCCACCAGCCAAGCGCUCCACGGAACACAGACCACCCUGGGUCUGCCGGCGGUGUCCCAGGUGCAGCUGUACGAUGUGGGCCACAGCAGCAUGCGUGUGCGCUGGAGUAGUGUGGAGGGAGCCUCAGGCUACAUGGUGCUCUACACGCCACUCACACUCGAGGAUGUGGACGAGACCGAGUUAAGGCUACCGGAGUCGGUGACGGAUGUUCAGUUGACAGCGCUGAGCCCAGACACAGAGUACACAGUGACACUAUACGCCCUGUAUGGAGAUGAGGCCAGCGACCCGGUCACCACCCAGGACACCACACUGCCCUUAGCCUCGCCUCGCAAUCUGCGCGUGUUUGAUGUGCAGCACAACGCUGCCAAGCUCAGCUGGGACGCGGCGGCCGACGACGCUAAUGGCUACCGCGUGGGAUACGUCGUCACCGGUGGAAUCCAAACUAACGAGGUGGAAGCGGGCCCUGUGACGUCCCUGCUGCUGAAGGACCUGGCCUCCAUGACCGAGUACACGGUGGCCGUCUUCGCCAUCUAUGAUGAGGGCCAGUCAGAGGCCCUCAGUGGCAGCUUCACCACAUUGGCGGUGCCGGAGCCCCUGAACCCUGUGACCAGUGAUGUGACUGAGGACAGCUUCCGCCUGAGCUGGAGCCACCCCGCUGCUGACGUGCUGCUCUACAAGCUCGCGUGGGCCGCCCUGGACGAAGAAGACAGCCAGGAGGUGGUUGUCCCGGGCGACACAGACACAUACCUGCUGACGGGCCUGACGGAGCGUACGGAGUAUGAGGUCUUCAUCUCAGCCAUCUACAGGGAGGACACGGAGAGCGACGCCGUCUCAGUACUGGAGACCACAUUGGACAGGUCUACCACAGUUGUCCCAACUACAACAGUGCCGCGGUUCGGUCUGCGCAACAUCGGUGUGGACGAGGAGAGCACGUCCAGUCUGCGUGUGCGCUGGGAGAGCGCAGACCAGGACACCCAGGCCUUCAAGGUGGCCUACAGGAGCCAGGGGGGCGAUGGCACAACAGCCACGAUGCAGGUUCCGGGUACCCAGAAGACUGUGGUUCUGCAGUCCCUCCUCUCAGAUACAGAGUACAGGGUGACCAUCACCCCUAUCUACACGGACGGAGAGGACUCUCACUUCGCCCUCUCCUCCAGAGGAAAGACCUUGCCCCUGGCCGCCCCAAGGGACCUGCGUGUGACUCUGGCGAUGUACGACCACCUACGCAUCAUCUGGGACCCCGCCCCCUUCCCCACCCAGGGCUACCGCAUCACCUACAAGCCCAGCUCAGGCGGUGAAUCACCCAUGGAGAUGCUUGUGGGUGACGAUGUGAACGCUCAGGUGCUGCCUAACCUUCAGCCGGGCACCCAGUACAGCAUCCAGGUCAUGGCCACCUAUGCCACUGGCGCCAGUGAGCCCGUGGAGACUACCGGCACAACAUUGCACCUGGGUGUGAAGGGCCUGAAUACCUAUCAGGUGCGCAGUACCAGCAUGUGUGUGCAGUGGCAGCCUCUUCCCCAGGCCACUCUCUACCGCAUCGCCAUCGAGGCCCUGCUGAAUGGCCAGAGGCAGGAGGUGAGUGUGGCGGGCGGUGUCUCUCGCCAGUGCUUCCACGACCUGUCCCCCAACAGCCAGUACAAGAUCAGCCACUACAGCCAGCUCGACCACGUGGAGGGACCCGCCGUCACCACCACUGACACCACACUCCCUGCACCCACGCAGCCUCCAACCACACCUCCGGCGACCACCCCACCCCCCACCAUCCCUCCUGCCAAAGAAGUUUGUAAAGCUGCCAAAGCAGAUCUGGUCUUCCUGGUGGAUGGUUCAUGGAGUAUCGGAGAUGACAACUUCCAGAAGAUCACUCGCUUCCUCUACAGCACCGUGGGAUCUCUGGACAUCAUUGGUUUAGACGGAACACAGGUUGCCAUCGCUCAGUUCAGUGAUGAUGCCAGGACCGAAUUUAAUCUCAGUGCCUACAGAGACAAGGAGUCAUUGUUGGAUGCUAUUCAGCGCAUCUCCUACAAGGGAGGAAACACAAAGACCGGCCGGGCGAUGAAGCACGUGAAGGACGCCAUCUUGACGGAGCAGGGGGGCGUGAGGCGGGGCAUCCCCAAGGUGCUGGUGGUCCUCACCGACGGCCGCUCCCAAGACGACGUCAACAAGGUCUCCAAGGAGAUGCAGCUGGAAGGCUACAUCAUCUUUGCCAUCGGCUUUGCGGACGCGGACUACGGCGAGCUGGUGAACAUGGCCAGCAAGCCCAGCGAGAGGCACGUCUUCUUCGUGGACGACCUGGACGCCGUCAAGAAGAUCGAGGAGCAGCUCAUCACCUUCGUCUGCGAGGCCGCCACGGCCACUUGCCCAUCCCUUCUGAUGAGUGGAAACACCUUAGCAGGGUUCCGUAUGAUGGAGAUGUUUGGCCUGGUUGAGAAUAGCUACAGCAGUGUGCAGGGCGUUUCCAUGGAGCCCGGCACAUUCAACAGCUUCCCCUGCUACCGACUACACAAGGACGCCAUGGUCUCACAACCCACCAGGUUCCUCCAUCCUGAAGGUCUGCCGUCUGACUACACCCUGACUAUCCUGUUCCGCCUGCUGCCAGACACCCCGCAGGAGCCCUUUGCAUUGUGGGAAAUCCUCGACAACAACAGCGAACCUCUAGUGGGCGUUAUCUUAGACAAUGGUGGGAAAACUCUGACCUUCUUCAAUCACGACUACAAGGGAGAUUUCCAGACAGUCACCUUCGACGGGCCGGACAUUAAAAAGAUCUUCCACGGGAGUUUCCACAAGCUGCAUGUGGCGAUCAGCAAGACGGCCGCUAAGGUGGUGAUCGACUGCAAGGCGGCGGGGGAGAAGCCCAUCAACGCCGCGGGCAACAUCACCACCGACGGCGUGGAGACUCUGGGACGCAUGGUGCGCUCACGAGGACGCAGGGACAACUCCGCACCGUUCCAGCUCCAGAUGUUUGAUAUUGUCUGCAGCACGUCAUGGGCCAGCAGGGACAAAUGCUGUGAGCUCCCCGGCCUGAGGAAAGAGGAGGAUUGUCCGUCGAUGCCCCACGCCUGCACCUGCUCCCAGGACAGCAAAGGGCCCCCUGGUCCCUCUGGUCCCCCGGGUGGUCCUGGUAUCAGAGGCAUGCGAGGUAGCCAAGGGGACCCCGGCACUACGGGACCGCAUGGCCCCCCAGGAGAGGCAGGCCCCGCUGGUCUGCAGGGACCGCCCGGCCCUCAGGGGCCCAGUGGAAUGUCUAUUCAGGGACCUCCGGGAACAUCGGGGGAGAGAGGAGAGAAAGGUGAAAUGGGCCCAGCAGGACCGCAGGGUAUUCCAGGAGCAUCAGGAGGCCCAGGCAGAGACGGCCCCCCGGGACCCCGGGGUCUACCAGGAAAGGACGGUCCACAGGGAAGACAGGGCACAGGUGGACCUAUCGGAACCCCAGGAGCUCCGGGGGCCCCUGGGUCAAGUGGCCCACCUGGGCCCAUGGGAGACAGCGGACAACCUGGACCCCAAGGUGUCAAAGGUGAACGGGGCGAGAGGGGGGAUAUCCAGUCUCACGCUGCAGUGCGCUCCAUCGCAAGACAAGUGUGUGAACAGCUCAUUCAGAGUCACCUGUCCAGAUACAACUCCAUCCUGAACCAGAUCCCGAGCCAAAGUGUGUCGGUGCGGACGGUGCCGGGUCCCCCCGGAGAGCCUGGUCGACCGGGCCCACGCGGGCCCCCAGGGGAGCAGGGUGCCUCCGGCAGACCCGGGUUCCCUGGCGGCAACGGCCAGAGCGGACGCCCCGGAGAACGAGGUUUACCAGGAGAGAAAGGAGAGCGGGGACUCACCGGAGUGGGAAUGCAAGGACCACGAGGACCCUCUGGCCCUCCAGGUGCUCCUGGAGAGGGUCGCACGGGCAGCCAAGGUCCGCCUGGUCGGCCCGGUUCGCAGGGGACCCCCGGACGGCCUGGGUCACCUGGCAGCAGCGGGCCCCCCGGACCCCCGGGCUACUGCGACCAGAGCGCCUGCAUGGGCUACCAAGUCAGAGGCCAAGAACAAUACGAGAACGACUACUGAGCAGCUCAACUCACAACAACUGCAGCUGCUCCCUUUCCCCCUCAUACACAC